CCCAGCCCACUUUUGGAGAUACGCACAAAGCCCAAACCCGAAUCAGCAAGACAGGCGUGCUGUUUACGGAAAUCAAACCUUGCCGGAUUCAAAGAGAUUCAUUCCAACUAGCAUCUACUUCAUUGUCCAUCAUCUCUUCCAAUUUGGAUCAGCAUGGAUUACGAUUUCAGGAACAGACCUCCUUACGAUACACAAUUGCCCAUGUACGGCAGACCAUCAACUACCGCUCCACAGCCACAUCCCAUGUACGGUGGACAUUAUCCUAGGGUUGGUCAACACUCCGGUGGUCGGAACCCUCCUCUUCAUCACGCGCCCUCUUCAAACUCUGGAAUUGGCAUCAGAGUUGCUAUUAAACCCGAAUAUCGCAUUACACCUCCGCCUCAAUUAUCAACACAAGUGGGAGACAUUCCACGAAGCACAUUCAACUUUGAUUUUGACCUUGAGAAAAGGAUUUUGGCCGAAGCAGAAAAGGAAACCCAGAACUGGAGCACGCUAGGGCUGGAAAAUCUUCCACCUAGAAGGCCAGAACAAACAAACACGGGAUUCACUGGAGAUCCUGUUUUGAGCAAAUACACAACAUCUGGUUUCAAUAGAGAGGCUGUGGCCCUAGCAGUUGCAAAUUAUGGAGAUAAUCCGAUCAAGGUCAAGGAAUUUGCGGAGGGAUAUACUCUCUUGAAGGAGAUGGGAUUCUCAUCAAAUAGUGUUGCAGAUGCCUUACUGAUGAAUGAGAACGAUAAAGACAAGGCAGCAGCUCAGUUGCUCGGCAGUUCAUCAUAAUAAUAUUUAUGAGCAUGUAAUAAGGGUGUCAAUACAUUAUAAUGUCAUUGUAAAUGUAUGUUGAGCCAUAUAUGCGUGUAUAAGUCCUAUUAACUUUAGAUAAGUGACGUUUGGCAUUAAUUUGAUAACUACAGGUUGCGAUAAGCAAAACUGGCUGUUAGUGAUUAUUUUUCUUCCAUGUCAA